AUGAAAUAUUUGCUCAAAAAUAUCACCAAAUGUUUGAAACAGAUAUCGUUUUGUCGGCGUCUGUGUAGUGAUGUGAAGAGCGGAUCCGAUAGCCAGCGGUCAUCGAUGGUAAACGUGUUGAGUGUGGCCGAGAAGAACGACGUGGCGAAGAAUGUGGCCAACAUUCUGGGCGCCGGCGCCGUCCGCGUCCGCAAUGGUCUGAGUCCUUACAACAAGUGCUACGAGAUCUCUGUCCGCCACCAGACGCUCGGCGACUGUCGUAUGGUUAUGACCUCCGUUUGCGGACAUCUAUUCAACUAUGACUUCACCAGCGAUCACAAGAAGUGGUGGUCGUGCGAACCCAAGUCCCUCUUUCAGGCGCCGAUUGUCCAGACGUGUAAUGACAGCAAUCAACGAAUCAAAUCCACGCUCGAGAGAGAGGCCAAGAGGUGUCAAGUGCUCAUCAUUUGGACCGAUUGCGACCGCGAAGGCGAGAACAUUGGCUUCGAAGUGAUCACUGUUUGUCGUGCGGCGAACCCACGGCUCGACAUAUUUCGGGCGCACUUCUCGGAGAUCACGGUUCCGGCCAUUAAUCGUGCCUUCAAUGCACUCAAUCGGCCGAAUAAGAAGGUGUCGGAUGCGGUGGACGUCCGCCAGAAGCUGGACCUCCGAUUGGGCGCCGCAUUCACGCGAUUCCUGACACUGGAGUUGCAACAAAUGCGGCCGCAGAUGAAAGACAAUAAAAAUAUCGUGAGUUACGGCUCGUGUCAGUUCCCAACGCUGGGCUUCGUUGUCGACCGAUUCAAACAACGGGAGAAUUUCGUUCCGCAGAAGUUCUGGUCGAUUGACGUCCACUACAAGAAGGACGGCAUUAACGCUAACUUCAAUUGGAAGAGAGUUCGCGUGUUUUGCGAACAAAGCUGUUUGGCUGUCAUGACUAAAGUGAUGGACAGCCCGGAGGCAGUGGUCACUCAUAUAAAUACCAGACGGCGCUCCAAAUGGCGGCCCCAACCCAUGGAUACGGUAACCUUCGAGCGGUCCGUUUCGUCCAAAUUGAAGAUCAACGCCAAGAAAGCGAUGGGAAUCGCGGAGAAGCUCUACACGAGUGGUUUCAUUAGUUAUCCGCGAACCGAAACCAACAAAUUUGCUCCGGAACUCAAUUUAACCAACUAUUGCCAAAUACAGACCGCGAGUCCUAUUUGGGGACAAUUCGCGCAGAGAGUGCUGACCAAUGGGCCGAACCCACGGAACGGGACGAAGAGUGACCAAGCACAUCCACCCAUUCAUCCCACUAAAUACGCCCCAAACCUGUCCGGUGAUGACAAACGCAUAUACGAACUAAUUGUGCGGCACUUCUUGGCCAGUCUGGACAAAGACGCCGUCGGAUACGAGACCACAAUCGAUAUAUGCAUUAACGAAGAGUUCUUCUCUUUGAGUGGUUUGCGAAUCGAAGAGAAGAAUUAUUUGGAAAUUUAUAUUUACGACAAAUGGACGGACAAAGAGAUCCCGCGAUUCAAUCAAAACGAGCGCUUCAUUCCGGAUUCAAUUAUGAUGACCGACGGCCAGACGACGGCACCCGAACUGCUAACUGAGGCUCAGUUGAUAGCGUUGAUGGAGAAACACGGCAUCGGAACCGAUGCCACACACGCUGAACACAUCGAGAAGAUUAAAGAACGUCAUUAUAUAACCGAAACGCCCGACAGAAGACUCAAACCCGAAGGACUGGGAGUGGGUUUAGUGGACGGUUACGACGAAAUCGGUUAUCAAAUGUCUAAACCAAACCUGAGGGCAGCCCUCGAGAAGGACCUCAAAGAUAUUUGCGACGGUAUUAAGAAUCCAGACGUUGUGCUUAUGAGCCAAAUCUCGGAAUACGAAAAGGUUUUCAACGAAUCCAUUAAACAUAAGACAAAGUUAUUCGAAGCCGUCGUUAGAAAAUUAUGA